AUGUCGUUUCUACGAGCGUUGGGAAACGUGUUAGUCAGGAACUGGUCCAUUGUACGGCCAGCAAGGCCGCUGGGCUCAGUAAAGUACCUGUCUUCCGACUCGGCACCAUUGCAACAGGGUAAUGGAAGUAGUUCCCUGCACGCAAAGUUCCCCGGUGCGCUGGGAGCCUCGUUCGUGACGACACCCAAACUAGCGUUGCCGGAAAACAUCGAACCCAUUCCUAUCUAUCGCGUGAUGAAUAGUGAAGGUACGAUCGACGAUCCAACGCAAGAACCGAAACUGGAACAGGCGACGGUGCAAAAGAUGUUCCGCGAUAUGGUGCUGCUGAACACGAUGGACAAGAUCCUGUACGAAUCCCAGCGCCAGGGGCGCAUCUCGUUCUAUAUGACCAACUUUGGUGAAGAGGCUAGCCACAUCGGCAGCGCAGCGGCCCUCAGUCCGGAAGAUUGGGUGUACGGACAGUAUCGUGAGGCGGGUGUGUUGGUGUGGCGCGGUUUUACCAUUUCGGACUUUAUCAACCAAUGCUACGGAAAUGCGGAAGAUCUUGGCAAGGGCCGUCAAAUGCCAGUUCACUAUGGGUCGCGGAAACUAAACUUUGUCACCAUUUCGUCUCCGCUCGGUACACAAAUUCCGCAGGCUGCCGGAGCAGCUUACGCGUUCAAACUGCAGCCAAACAAUCAGCGCUGUGUGAUUACUUAUUUCGGCGAGGGUGCUGCCUCCGAAGGUGAUACCCAUGCGGCCUUUAACUUUGCCGCCACACUCGACAGUCCGGUCAUCUUUUUCUGUCGCAACAAUGGUUUUGCCAUUUCGACGCCCUCCAAGGAGCAGUACCGUGGUGAUGGUAUUGCGGGCCGUGCAGCUGGCUACGGAAUGGCCGCAUUGCGUUUCGAUGGAACAGACGUGUUUGCGACGUACAACGCUACCAAGCUGGCCCGGGAAUAUGUUUUGCGUGAAAACAAACCAAUUGUGCUGGAAGCGAUGGCGUACCGCAUUGGGCAUCAUUCUACGUCGGAUGAUAGUACAGCGUACCGGCCGGCGGAGGAGUUAGAAAUUUGGAACACCGUCGAGCAUCCGAUCACUAAGCUCAAACACUACAUGAUCCGGCGCGGCUGGUUCGACGAGGAGAAGGAGAAUGAGUUUGUGAAAUCGGUCCGUAAGCAGGUACUGGCGCAGAUAAACCAAUCGGAACGCAUUCCCAAACCGGACUGGCGCGAAAUGUUCCAGGAUGUGUACGAGGAGAUGCCAGUACAUCUGAAGGAACAGAUGCGCGCGAUGGAGGAGCACGUGGAACAGCAUCGUGAGCAUUAUCCUCUGAAGGAUUUCAAACAGUAACAGA